CUCCUGAUAGCACACCAGUGUGCAGGGGCAGUUGGUGCGGUUUGAACGUGGCUUCGAGUGGUCUUUCCCCAGUGCAUUGGUUCAUUGAAUUAGUUGGUGUGCAAAAGGUUUUUUGGUUUAUAUAGAAGAAGAAGAAUUAAUAAGUAUACAUGGGUGUACAUCAGUAAUCGAUAAUUGUGUGUUUGAAGCGACAACGACCAGCGAGCGCUUCAGGAGCAUCUCUGUGUGAUACUCUGAUACGUGGUAACGGUUUUCGAACGACGGAUAUAGACACAGGGCCCGAACCGAGAGGUGAAGAGUGACAGUGACGAGAGACAAGCCCACUGCACCAGCACGACAUUCCUGUGGCCAUCCAGAGUACCGAUGGCCAAGGUGCGCGUUGCCUUAUUGACUGAGCUGUUCUAGCUGUGAACCGAUAAAUAAAUUCACAGCACAGCGUCCAGAAAAAAGUGACAUUUAUGAAUGCAGCUAGAUAUUUGAAACAAGACUGUCAAUGAGUGUAAAAGUGAUAUUCAGCAUGUCAUUUCAAAGGUGUUUUACAAUGUCCCUUCUUGCCGUGCUGCUUGCAUUGACUGCAAUAUCAGAUGCAGGCGCACAUAGAAAAAGAAGACAGAGCAUAGUUCCAACCCAAUACGUUUUGAAUAACGUCACAGCUGGCACAAAAAUAAAUACACGGCUGUUAACAUUGCCCAGCCGGCCCGGUGCCAAAGUCCAAUACACAAUCAGUGACCCGACCCGGUUCAGGGUGGACGAUGAUGGCGGCGUCUACACCAGGGUCGCCGGCAGCGAGCUCGUCAGGGCGGCCGGCGCCUUCAACUUCACCGUGCGCGCCGAGGAUACAGCCUCGGGCUCGGCGCAGCUGGCGACCGUGCUUCUGUCUGCCGGUAACCAGCCGCCGCAGUUCUCUGACGACCUGUAUCGAGCCAGCGUGCUGGAGAACGCCGCCGGAGGGUCGCUGGUGGUGGCCGUGGUGGCCCAGGAUCCGAACACGGACGCCAUCCGGUACUCCAUCAGGACCUCCGGUCUGGUCGAUACCACACUCCAAUACGAAAUGUUCACGAUAAACGAGCUGACGGGCGUGAUUCGGCUGCGCUCGGGGGAGAUCCGAUUCGACGAGGAAGAGUACCGGUUCACGGUGGUGGCGAGAGACCCCUCUGACCUGGAGGACACGGCGUCCGUCACCGUCCGAAUCAUAGAUGUGAACGACAACAGACCCGUGUUCAACGACUGUGACCAGUACCAGCCAGAGGUGGCCGAGAGCCAGCCCGCUGGAACGUUCGUACUGAAGGUUGUCGCUGAAGACGCCGACAAAGGCCUCAACGCUGAACUGGUUUACGCCCUGGUUACCAGUCCCAACGCCCCCGAAUCGCUGUUUGAGAUCGAUUCAGCAAACGGAAGGCUGACAACAAGCAAGAAAUUCAACCGCGACGCCCCGGACCACGAGAAGUCUCUGCGCGUGAUCGUCAAGGCCAGCGACAAGGGCACGCCGUCGCUGGAGGGCACGUGCGUGUUCAUGGUCACCGUCCUCGACAUCAACGACAAUCCGCCAAUGUUUGACAAACAGGCGUACGAGAACAGCGUGGCCAAGGACGUCAAGGUGGACACUCAGGUGGAGCGCGUGUCAGCCACCGACGACGACAUCGGACCGAACGCGGCCAUCACCUACUCGCUGGAGGCCAAAUAUCCGCCCAACGCGCGCGACUUUUUCCAGAUCGACCCGCACACGGGCAUCAUAUCGUCCAAGACGUCUCUGGCGGCUCUCGGCACCAACACGGAGGUGCUGCUGACAGCCGUGGCCACGGACCAGGGCAAGCCGGCGCUCAGCGCGCGGGCGCAGGUCACCAUAGCGGUGAAGGACUCCAGCCUGCAGCCGCCCACGUUCACCGAGCCGCCGCAGCCCCGAUACAUGCUGAAGGAGAACUACCGUGACACGGAGACGCCGAUCGCCACCCUGCGGGCCGUUUCAAACCUGGAGGGCAGUCCAAAGGUGUACUACGAACUACUCCACGGAGCCCAGGAGCAGACCAACAAGUUCCGAACGUUUGUUGUGGAUGAGAACGAGGACGGCGAGGCCAUUGUGCGCUACGGCGGCACGAGGCAGCUCGACUACGAACAGACACCGGCGUACAACAUCACUGUGGUGGCAACGACGGACCAGCAGACGUCAGCGCAGGUGACGUUCCAGAUCGUCCUGGAGGAUCGGAACGACAACGUGCCGACGUUCUAUGACGCCGACCAGGCCGUGGUGCCGGAGAACUCGGUCCCGGGCACGUUCGUGGCCGUGGUGUCGGCCGUCGACGGAGACGCCACGCGCCCAAACAACCAGGUGACGUACAGCCUGGACCGCGAGUCGGCCGAGUACCAGCUCUUCAGCAUAGAGUCCGGCACGGGCCGCAUCUCCACGCGAGUGCCGCUGGACCGCGAGGACGCCUCCCGUCCGAGCCCGUUCUACACGGUCACCGUGUACGCUGAGGACGGCGCGCCGUCCGACAUCUCCCCCGACGGGCAGCCCAACAAAGACAAGCAGCGAAUCACCGUUGAGAUCGGAGACGUGAAUGACAACCCGCCGAAAUUCGAGACGGCCAUCGACACGGCACACGUCAAGGAGAAUGUCGACAUCGGUUCCAAGGUGUUCGACAUCAAAGCCACCGACAUUGACAGCGAUUCCAAAAUAAACUACCAGAUCACUGGUGGCAACCUGGGAGCGGCGUUUGACAUCGACCAGGUCACCGGCACUGUGACAGUCAAAAAUAACCUCGACUAUGAGACAACAAAAAGGUACAACAUCACCGUCACUGCUUCGGAUGGAGUUUACGAAGACAGUCAUCAGGUCACGAUUGAGGUGGAGAACGAGAACGACGUUCCACCGACCUUUGACCAGCCUAGCUACGAGAAGUCCAUGCAGGAGGGUUACCUCCCUGCCACGCCCAUUCUGACGGUGACUGCGACCGACCCAGAUCCAAUCGGGACACCGUCCAUAAUCUAUAAACUGUCCGGACCGGGAAUCUACGAAGAUCAUCCGGAACGGAAUGUGUUCAGCAUUAACAGCGAAGGAGAAGUGAUCGUUAUAAAGCCGCUGGACAGAGACAAGGGCACCGGAGGUCGCGAGGUCUGGGACAUCUCCAUCCAGGCCUGGGACGACGGCGGCAACGGCCUCUUCUCCACGGCCCAGUUCAAGCUGAUGCUGUCCGACAUUAACGAUAACGCACCCUAUCUAAUUCAGUCGGCAGACUCCACGCCCGUCAUAAUGGAAAAUAGGAAAAUCGACGGUAUCAGCAUUUCGGUGGAGGCGGACGACUUUGACGACACAGAGAUGAACGGCGCUCCGUUCUCGUUCGAGCUGGAUCCGGCCGCCAGUGACGACAUCAGGAGCAAGUUCAGCGUCACCACCGGCGAUGACGGAACCGCUCUAAUCCGUCCUAAAAUGGAGUUUGAUCGUGAAGCUACAAAGCAGUACAAAAUUCCAAUUUUGGUCAGCGACAGCCCCAGUGCCUACCCGAACCCUCUGACGGGCACCAGUCUCUUCACUGUCAUCAUCGGCGACGAGAACGACAACGACAUGAAGCCCGGCUCCAGCGUCAUCAGCGUCUUCAACCUCGAGGGUAAGAUGCCGGACACCGUCAUUGGCCGGGUGUAUGUCGACGAUCCGGACGACUGGGACCUGCCCGACAAGACCUUCACCUUCGUGGACGGAGACCAGCGCCGGUUCGGCCUCGACUCCAACACCGGCGACAUCAUCAUGCGCCACGGCACCAGCAACGGCACCUACCUGCUGAAAUUCUCGGUGUACGACGACCACUGGAAGUCGACGGUGGACGCGGAUGUGACGGUGGUGGUGCGCCUGCUGCCCCGCGAGGCCGUCGUCCAGUCGGGCUCCAUCCGCAUCGCCCACCUCUCCGCUGAACAGUUCGUCACCGCCCAGAGCCAAAACACGCCGUCGCGGUACACGGCGCUGGUCUCCGAGCUGGCGCGCACGUUCGCCAUUCCCGAGGAGAAUGUCGACCUGUUCGGCGUGCAGGACAACGGCGCGGGCGGCGUGGACGUGCGCUACGCGGCGCACGGCUCGCCCUACUACGCCAGCCAGAAGAUGGACGGACUGGUCAGCGAGAACGUCCGACAGUUUGAGGAGUCACUCAAGAUUGAGAUACAGCAGGUGAACAUCGACGAAUGCGUCAAUGAGACGACUUGCGAUGGUAACAGCUGUCUGUCAAGCCUAAAGAUUUUCGACAAUGAAGUCUAUAAAAUCCAGACAAAUCUGACAUCCAUCAUAGGUGUGAAGACGAUGAUGACUUACGAUUGCGGCAAAUGUCAGUCGCCGCCUCCGGCCGACCCCUGCAUGAACGGCGGACACCUGGUCACCGACCCCGUGCCCAGGUGCCAAUGUCCAGACGGCUUCGGCGGCCCCAACUGUGAGGGACUCACCAUCCACUUCAAAGGCGAGGGGUACGCCUGGUUCCCGCGGCUGGGCACGUGCACCGACUCUCAACUGAGCUUCGACCUAACCACCAACUCGGACCAGGGCCUGGUCAUGUAUAACGGGCCGCUGGGCCCACCGACCGGCGGCAUACAGGACUUCUUUGCGGUAGACGUGUUCAAGGGCCGGCUGCGGGCGUUCCUCAACUACGGCUCCGGGACGUUCGUGGCCAGCCCGCAGACGCCGGUGGACGACGGACGGCGCCACCACGUCGACGUCAUAUGGAGUGCACAGGAGGUGACGGUGCUGCUGGACAGCUGUCUGGGACGGCCAGAGUGUCAGAGCAGCGCCGAGGCGCCGCCGGCGCCGGGCGCGCUGGCCCGUCUGCUGAACGUGGACACCCCACUGCAGCUGGGCGGCUCGGCCGUGCCACUGAGCGUCGUCCGACAGGCCAUGGCCUGGCUCCUGGUGCCCGAGUCGGAAGGGUUCUACGGCUGCCUGGAGAACGUCACCUUCCUCGGCACGGCGUACGAUCUAAGCAAUCCAACAUGGGGCGAGGAAUACACCAGCACUUGCGAAGAACUCAUCGUGCCAAUACCAGUGAUAUAUGCCGAUUCGAGUUUCUUGGCCGCAAUCUUAACCUGUCUUUUCCUGGCAGUCUUGCUGCUCGCCGUGGCCAUAUUCAUUCGCCAACGGAACGUGAAGAAGUACAAAUCGCUCAAGGACCAGCUGGGUAUGGACACGAUCGGUCAUGACGGCAUCGACUCCACCGAACCCAGCACGCUUCGAGUCGAGGACAGGUUCAGAGCUGAGGAGGUUCCGCCUUUGGCUGCGUCCGCCGCCUUCGUUAGCGCCAGCAAUGAGGCCAUUGACGACGACAACCUGGACGCUGCGCGGGACGACCUGCGGAACUACGCGUAUGAGGGCGCCAGCAGUACGGCCGGCUCCCUGUCCACCAUCAAUUCAGGCACUACCGACGCCGACAUGGAGUUUGACUACCUGCUGGAGAUGGGGCCGCACUUCCGGCGUCUGGCCGACAUCUACGGCGUGAGUGAGAGGUUCGGACGUGCGAGUUCGGACAGCGAGGAUGGAGAGCCGUCGGCGGCGACACUCGACACGGAGCCAGGAGAGUCGUGGUGCUAAAACAGCGGCGACACUCGACACGGAGCCAGGAGAGUCGUGGUGCUAAAACAGCGGCGACACUCGACACGGAGCCAGGAGAGUCGUGGUGCUAAAACAGCGGCGACACUCGACGCAGAGCCACGAGAGUCGUGGUGCUGAACCGCGGCCACCGCGCGACACGCGCACGAGACAGUGACAGGACAUUGAGGGAGGGGUUAGAGAUAACGCGUGACAGCUUCACUUCUGAUUUGCUUUGCUGGGUCCGAACUUUGGUUGCUUCACUACGAGCUCAGAUACUCAAGUCUGGCCCGCUAAAUAGGCGCUAUGCUGCACCUAAGCUGCGGGUCGUCUAAGUGAUUGAUACGCUGCAUCUGUUCCAGUGAUUGAUUAAGAGACGUCGGGACAAUUCGGUUGUUUAGGCCGAUUUCGGUUGUUUGAUAGUACAUCUGAGUCGUAGCGUAGCAAGCUUAACCAAACCCGUCCUUACCAUUCACUGAUCACCUAAGGAAGCGCAACAACAGUUGUGUUCCUCUGAGAGGCCUGAGUGCGGUCGGGACUCUCGGGCAUCGAGCGCUCCGACUCAGACAAUCGCUCUUUUGAAGUGCCAAGGACUUGCUUAAAAUGCUUGCAUCUUGUCAACGUUUGAAAUCACAUGUUGUGUUUUCAUGGUAAAAAUUAAUGAUUUGUACUCACCGUUUAAACGGCACAUGAGAAUUGCAUGAAUGCCUUGUGAAAGAUAUGCUUCUAUUUUUCAGUAUGUAGACAUGUGUAUCAUUCAGUGCAAAUAUUGCAUGUAGGCAUGAAAACGUAUGAAUUACCAAAUAAUGAUCAAGAGCAGUAGCGGCGGAACACCUUCAAUUAAGGGGGGGGGGGGGCACUGCCGACUUUUGGUCCCAUUCUUCCCAUCCAACGCCCAUAGGGCUAAUGUUAAAAUGCCAAAAUCAAAGGGGGGCACGGUGCCCCGGUGCCACCCCCGUUCCGCCGCCUAUGAUCAAUAGCGUACGAAUAUAUAUGAUUCAAUCUCCAUCGUAAUUUGUGUUACUGUGUCCAUUAAUCUAGUUGUGUUCAAAUCAAUUGCAGAAGCUGUAAAGUGUUAACGUUUGAAGUUGCUUAAUUUCUGCUGAUCCAUGGUUAGAAUUGAUGAUUCUCGGUAAAAAUGGGUUAGGUAAAUAAAGCCUUCUAAGCUUUGUGUGGUCUAGCUAUCGUUGGCAGCCUGAGAUGUAAGUGAUCUGUAGCCAGGAAGCUGGUGUACAGUUUCACUGCGAGUACUCCAAUAUGUGCGCGUGUUCAUGAUCGUUUGUGACUGUUUCGCACGAACAGUGUCUGAACACUGUACCUAUAGAAGACUGUAAUACAAGCUUCUUUUCCGA